UUUCCGGUUGGUGCCUCUUUCCUUCCCUUCUACACUGAGCUCGGCCUGGGAGAUCAGCGGCCGCAGCCAUGGCGCUUUAUAACUUUAAGAAGAUCAUGGUGGUCCCUCCCGCUAAGGACUUCAUAGAUCUGACUUUAUCCAAGACCCAAAGAAAGACGCCAACUGUAAUCCACAAACAUUAUCAGAUCAACCGCAUUCGGCAGUUUUACAUGAGGAAAGUGAAGUACACCCAGCAGAAUUACCACGACCGCUUGUCCCAAAUUCUCACAGAUUUCCCUAAACUCGAUGAUGUGCACCCGUUUUAUGCCGACCUAAUGAAUGUCCUGUAUGACAAAGAUCAUUACAAACUGGCACUGGGACAGCUCAACAUCGCCAAGAAUCUGAUUGACAACGUGGCUAAGGAUUAUGUGCGGCUGAUGAAGUACGGGGACUCUCUGUAUCGCUGCAAGCAGUUAAAGCGAGCGGCUCUGGGGCGAAUGUGCACAAUUAUCAAAAGGCAGAAGCAGAGCCUGGAAUACCUGGAACAAGUCCGGCAACAUCUGUCCCGUCUGCCAACCAUUGACCCAAACACCAGAACUCUCCUCCUGUGCGGUUAUCCCAAUGUGGGGAAAUCCAGCUUCAUAAACAAGGUGACUAGGGCAGACGUGGAGGUGCAGCCAUACGCCUUCACCACAAAGUCCCUAUUUGUGGGCCAUAUGGAUUAUAAAUACCUACGGUGGCAGGUUGUAGACACCCCUGGAAUCCUUGACCACCCCCUAGAGGAGAGGAACACCAUAGAGAUGCAGGCAAUCACCGCCCUUGCUCACUUGCGUGCCGCCAUUCUCUACGUGAUGGACAUCUCCGAGCAGUGCGGCCACACCAUAGAGCAGCAGCUGGAGCUCUUCAACAACAUUCGCCCCCUAUUUUCCAACAAACCUCUGAUUAUCGUCAUGAAUAAAUGUGAUAUUAAGAGGGUCUCUGAACUCCCUGAUGAGCAGAGGAAAAUAUUCCAGGAUUUGGAAAGCGAAGGCCUGACUGUGAUCGAGACCAGCACCCUCACUGAUGAAGGGGUGAUGACCGUCAAAACUGAGGCGUGCGAUCGACUGUUGGUUCAUCGCGUUGAAACCAAAAUGAAAGGCAAUAAGGUGAACGAUGUACUGAACAGGCUGCACUUGGCCGUGCCAUCAAAGAGAGAUGAGAAGGAGCGACUGCCAUUUAUCCCUGAGGGCGCACUAGCCAGAAAGAAGCGCAUGGUUACAGAUGCACCUAAAAAGAGACUGGAAAAGGAUAUCGAGGUGGAAAUGGGAGACGAUUAUAUCUUGGAUCUGCAGAAAUACUGGGACCUCAUGAAUCCAUCUGAGAGAACCGACAAAGUCCCCGAAAUUUGGCAGGGUCACAAUAUUGCUGAUUAUAUUGAUCCGGAGAUCAUGAAGAAACUGGAAGAGCUGGAGAAAGAGGAGGAACUGCGGGAAGGCGCCGGGGAGUACGACAGCGAUAUUGAGAGCGAGGACGAAGAAAUGACCGAAAUCCGAGAGCUGGCACAGCAGAUCCGGGAGAAGAAAAAGCUGAAGAUCCUCGAGUCAAAGGAGAAAGAUAUACACGCACCGCGACUGCCUAGAACUGUUAAAAAGGUGCAACGCAAGUCCUUAGAGAAAGAGAUGAGUUCCCUGGGCCUUGACAUGACCGAGAAAGAUCAGACACAUUACGCAGCGCAGGCGAGAUCGAGGAGUCUGCAAAGGAAGCGCAAGCGUGACGAGUCUGAGCCGCCCGUGUCCGCCGCCCGCAGCAGAAGCAGCUCCAAGACACCGCGAGAUCAGUCUGGCAUGCGUGAUGUCAAGAUGGUGAAAAAGGCUAAAAAGAUCAUGAAGAAUUCCCAGAAGAAGGGCAAUCGUUUGGGCAAGAGAGGAGAGGCCGACAGGCAUGUGUUUGAUCUGAAACCCAAGCAUUUAUUAGCCGGCAAGAGGAAAUCUGGCAAGACGGACAGAAGAUAACAGAUUAACAAGCAAAGCCCUCCAUCCCAAAGGACCUUGUAUACAGAAAGAACUAAUCUAUAAGGGUGCCAUGCACUUAGCCAGCUCCAUUCUCUCUGCUGUGCAAACCCCAGGCUGCAGCACCCAUACUCACAGAAUUCAGGUGCCAAGAUCAACCCAAACUCUCUGCUGUAAUGGGUGCCCGGAUGCUGGUUCCCAGAUACAUGUUUGUGAAUAAUAAACCUGUAACAUCUGUUCCUAA